UUCACCUCGCGGGAUCAGGGCAGUGGGAAGCGCCGCGGACUUAUCUUCGUUGGAAACAGUUUCUUAUUUCGUGAUUGUGCGGCCUCAAGUAUCUUACAAACAACGUGUUUCGGGUAAAACUACACCAGUCUGUGUGUGGAUUUCUACAGGCAGGUGGUAAAGCAGUCAAGAUAUAAACUGUUUCGAGGAAGGCUGCCAGGCUUUUAGGUUAAUCACCAUGAGUUACGGUAGGCCUCCGCCGGACGUCGACGGCAUGACUUCCCUAAAAGUGGACAAUCUCACCUACCGAACAUCGCCCGAAACCCUCAGACGUGUAUUCGAGAAGUAUGGCCGGGUAGGGGACGUCUACAUUCCCCGAGACCGCUACACCAAAGAAAGCCGGGGGUUCGCUUUUGUGCGGUUCCACGAUAAACGGGACGCCGAAGAUGCGAUGGACGCCAUGGACGGUGCGCUCCUGGAUGGACGGGAGCUGCGCGUCCAGAUGGCCCGGUAUGGAAGACCCCCAGAUUCCCACUACGGUGGAGGGCGGCGUGGAGGACCCACGCGGAGGUACGGGGGUUCUGGACGGCGAAGCAGAAGCUCUUCCCCCAGCCCAAGACACAGAAGACGCAGCAGAUCCCGCAGCAGGAGCCGCUCUCGUUCUCGGAGCCGAUCCCGCUCCAGCAGAUCUAGGUCCCGGUCCUACUCCAGAUCGAAGUCCCACUCUCCCAGGAGCAAGAAGACCAAGGCCAAGUCCCAAUCCCGCUCCAGAUCCAGGUCCAGGUCCAAGUCUAGGUCCAGAAGCCGUACCCCUUCCUCCAAAAGAGGGUCCAGGUCUAGGUCUAAAAGCCAGCCCAAGUCAGCAGCAGAAAAUGGAGGUGAAUCCCCAUAGAGCUCAGCACAACAGCAGCAGUUUCAGGUGACAACCUCAGAACUUCUCAGACAGGAUCCCACACAAGCAACAGUGUCCAGCUGUAAAAGGUUAUUAUUGUGUCUUCCAUGCUUUGGUCUGUUUUAUUCAUUUCGCCUUAGGAAGGCUUUUUUCAUGACAUCGAUGUGCUGUGAUUUUUAUUUCCUUUUCAUAACAUGUUUUAUGAUUUUGAAAACGUUUUUAACGUGGAGGAGAAUUUGUGUUCAGACAUAGCUUUUUAGAUGAGUUCAGGACAUAAUAUAAAUGUGCUGCAUUGGUCUAGGUUGCACCUGUCCUUUCAGUUCUCCUCUCUGCAGCCUGUAUCAUGAAGCGAGUUCACCUGUGUCUAGCUUUCUUUGGGUUUCCUGGCCUUGCUAAGCCUGACAUUCCUGGUCUUUGAUAACUGGUGUCAUAACUAAUUUCAUAAUUACAAUCCAGUCACAGGCAGCAUCACAGAUACUGUAUGAGAAUAUAACUUUCAUUCAGGCAAAAGAUAUACAAUAAUUACUGGAUGAAUGUUAUAAGUCUUUAUUAUAUUCCCCUGAACUGCAGUGACUUUCGAUCACUGGUUACUUUUCUUCCUGAUGUUUUAAACCCAAACUGGACAAAUGUGUUAUAUGUUCUGAUUAUUUUAUCUUUGGAAUAUAUAAUUAUCUGAGUUUAUUGUCUCAAUCUAAUCACUGUAAAAUGCCAGAAAAUAGUUAAAGUGCCCAGUACAAUUCCUAAAGCUCAAGGUAACAUCUUCAAGUGUCUUUUGUCUUGUUCGAUCAAUAGUCCAGAAUCCAAAGAUUCAGUUUACUCUGACAUAAAAUAGAAGAAAGUAGCAAGUUUCUGAGAUUUUCUUAUUUGACAUCAAAACAUUUUGUUUUCUUGUUGUUGUCAUUUUGUUGCAUCCAUCCAUAUCCAGAUAUUGUGAAGAUGUAGAAUUUUUAUUUUUUUUGGUUUAGUUUAGUCAUGGAAGUCUACUGUAUUAUAGUAAGUGAAUCGGCUUUAUGAUGCUGGAAAGCCUGAGUUAAGCCCAAAGUUAGCUGGCUAGCACAUUCAUCUCACUGGCAUCACAUCCAAAGUGACAUAAACUACAGUAAACAUGAAGACAUUUUGCUUUUAUUUACAUUUUUCUACAUGAAAUUUUUCCUUACGAUCUUUAAUUGCUGCAGCUCAGGGUGUCGUUGUUAGGCAUGACAGCAGUGUGUGUGUUAACCCCUGUGUUGUAUAUGGUUACACAUGAUACACAGUAAAAUGAUUAGGGGUGUAAAGUUUGGGUUAAAGUCAUCAAUUUGAAGAAUGUGUCUGGUCAGCGGAAGGUCUUCACAGAUUUUAACGUAUAAUUCAUCUUGUUUAUAUCAUUUAAUUUUACAGGACAUCAUUUACUGGACUCUAGACACCUUCUUGUUUUUCAUUUUUUGAUCCUAAUCCUGCUUGUAUGUUUUUUUUUGUGCACUAGGCGCAGUUGUGUAGCAGUUGAGUAUUGCUGGUUAGCUGUUAAGGUGGCAUGUUGCUCUGCUGAGUGCUUGGAUGUAUCCAGUAUUCUCCAGAAAGCUCCUGUGACUACCAGUGGUACAGUCGCUACAGUCUCACCCUUUGUACAAUGAAAUGUUUUUUCCCCAUGUGGUCAUGGUAGAUAAAUGUGACUUUGAUUAAAGAUCUGGUGUUUUCACUA